CCGGCCACCCGCACUGCAAAUUUCCAUUAGCCCGUCUUCUCUUUUCAAUCCUAUGGACUGUCAGAAACCCUAAAACACGGAGGGAGUGCUGCCACUUUCAUGCACGGUGUUGCCUCCAUCAUCGCCGUCCAUUGCAGCUCGCUGCCCAUUGCUGCACCGCCGCAAUGAUACGGCCUGCCGCCACCAAACAAUUAGGAACAGGUCAGUUCAAUCUCUCCUUUUCCAGCAAAUUCAUUUCCUCGAUCGCUUCACUCACCGAAGAGAGCGUGUUCUCAAUUCACGACCACAAACACCGCGUGGAUGCAGCAGAGCCGCCGGUCGAUCUCGCUACCAUCACCACCCAGCUCCUCCCGCUCCUAUCUCUUCCCAAUUGGCAUAAACAUCCUUCCUUCGAGAAGUUAAUCCCUUGUUUAUCCCCCACUCUUGUCACUUCUCUCUUCUCCAGUUACCCAAAUCUGAACCCCCACACCGCCCUUGCUUUCUUCAACUUUCUAACCCAAAGGCCUACCUUCAAACCCACUGUUCAGUCCUACGCCUCUCUCCUCGGCAUUCUGGUCCGAUGCCGGUUCCUGGGUGUCGCUGAAAAGAUCCGUAUUUCAAUGGUAAAAUCGUGUGAAUCGCCCCUUGAUGUCCAAUUCGUCUGGGAUGUGUUGAGAAAUAUGAAUAAUAGCAACGGCGGUGAUGGUGAAUUUAAAUUUAAGCUCACUGUUAAAUGUUAUAAUAUGCUUUUGAUGUCAUUAUCGAGGUUUCUAAUGAUGGAUGAAAUGAAGAGGAUCUAUGCAGAGAUGUUAAAUGAUAAGAUUACUCCCAAUAUAUACACUUUUAAUAUUAUGAUCAAUGCCUAUUGUAAACUGGGGAAUAUGGCCCAGGCUGAGUUGUAUUUGAGUAAAAUCUUUCAAGGUGGGUUGAGUUUGGAUGCACAUACGUAUACAUCACUGAUAUUAGGUCAUUGUAGGAGAAAGGAUGUAGAUAAGGCUUUUGGGGUGUUCAAAGUUAUGCUGCAAAAGGGCUGUCGAAGAAAUGAGGUUUCUUAUAACAAUCUUAUUCAUGGGUUUUGUCAUGCUGGGAGAAUUGAUGAAGCUCUGGAGUUGUUCUCUCGCAUGGGGGAAGAUUGUUAUCCAAAUGUCCACACAUAUACAGUUUUAAUAUGUGGACUAUGUGAACAAAAUAGGAAAACUGAAGCUUUGGAUCUCUUUGAGGAGAUGACUAAGAAAGGUUGCGAGCCUGAUGUUUAUACUUACACCGUACUCAUUGAUAGCAUGUGUAAAGACAGCAAGCCUGACAGAGCCAGGCAAAUAUUAUACACAAUGUUAGAGAAAGGGUUGGUCCCUACUGUUGUGACAUACAAUGCUUUAAUUGCUGGUUACUGUAAGGUGGGAAUGAUUGAUGCUGCCUGUGAAGUAGUUAAUAUAAUGGAGUUAAAUAAUUGUAGUCCCAAUGUUCGCACAUACAAUGAGUUGAUUUCUGGUUUCUGUAAAGCAGGAAAAGUGCACAAUGCAAUGGCAAUGCUUACCAAGAUGCUUGAUCAAAAGGUUUCACCUAAUUUAAUUACCUAUACCCUGUUAAUCCACGGACAAUGUAAAGAGGGUCAUCUAGAUAGCGCAUUUAGGUUACUUGAUUUGAUGAAUGAACAAGGUCUGGUGCCUGACCUGUACAUUUAUAUCCCUGUUAUAACUACUUUAUGUGAUAAAGGGAGGGUGGAAGAAGCUCACCGUCUCCUUGGGGCUCUCAAGGAAAAAGGCAUAAAGCUGAAUGAAGUGAUAUAUACUGCUUUAAUUGAUGGGUAUUGCAAAGCUGAAAAAAUUGAUUCUGCGUGCAGUUUGUUGGAAAUGAUGGUUAAAGAAAACCUCCUUCCAGACUCAUGCACAUUCAAUGCGUUGAUAAAUGGAUUGUGCAAAGGAAAUAAAAUGCAUGAAGCCAUUCAGCUACUAGAAAGGAUGGAAAGUAGAGGUUUGAAGCCUGAGGUUAUUACUUAUUCGAUAUUCAUUGAACAGAUGCUGAAAACAUCAUCCUUUGAUGAUGCUCACAAUCUUUUUGAUAAAAUGGUCUCAUUUGGAUAUAAGCCUGAUGUUUGUACUUACACUUCGUUUCUACGUGCAUAUUUUAACCAUGGGAUGUUGAAAGAAGUAGAAGAUUUGAUUGUAAAAAUGAACGAAGAUGGUAUUAGGCCAGAUUUUAUUGCUUACAGUGUAUUAAUUGAUGGGUAUGAACAGGCAGGAUUGGUACAUUGUGCUUUUGAUACUUUUAAAUGUAUGGUUGAUGCUGGAUGUGAACCUUCUUCUCAUACAUAUUCUGUUCUGAUCAAACAUAUAUUUAAAGAAAAGUGGUUGAAAGAAAAUGAAAAUAGAAUAGGACAAGAAUUGAAUCCAAAUGUCAGCCAUAUCAACAUUGAUAAUGUAUGGAAAAUAAUGGACUUUGAUACUGCUGUGCAACUGUUUGAGAAAAUGAUUGAGCAUGGCAGUGUGCCUGAACUUAAUACCUACAGUGCACUCAUUAGAGGUCUUAGCACAGAGGGACGUCUUGAAGAAUCUUGGCAGUUGGUAGAUCAUAUGAAGAAAAGUGGGCUAUCUCCCAGUGAAGACAUUUAUAAUUCUCUUGUUAUGUGUUGCUGCAAUUUGGGAAUGUAUGGUGAAGCAUCAAGACUGGUAGGUACCAUGGUUGGACAUGGUCUUCUACCGAAGUUAGAUGCAUACAAGCUGAUUGUAUGUGGCUUAUAUGAUGAUGGAAAUACCAAAAAGGCUAAAGAAGUUUUCUGUAGUCUGCUUAAUGAUGGAUACAAUCAUGAUGAAGUGGUGUGGAAGCUUUUGAUUGAUGGCUUACUUAAGAGGGGCCUUGUUGAUAGAUGUUCUGAACUGGUGGACUUAAUGGGAAAAAAGGACUGCAAACUUACUUCUCAAACACAUGCAAUGUUGAUUGAGGGACUUGGUGAUACAAGAGAAAGGACUUGAAAAAAGGACUUGCAAAAGUGCUAUCUGAAUGCUCUUGUAUGAACCUGGAUUAAAGGUUUGAUGGGACACAAGGAUGAACUUUCCCCAUUUUUGAAGAAAUUGUUUAUCUGGUUCUCUUUGGUUGCUCCCAUAGAUUGGUUGGUGGUGGCUAAGAGUAUACUGCUGUGGGAAUCAAUUCUCUGAUGCACAAACUUAGGAGACUUUCUUCUAGUUUUAUAACAUGUCUUGUUUUCAGUAUGGAGUAGUAUGGGAACCAUUGUCAAAUGGCACUUGGAUAUUGCAAAAGCUGAACAUAAUAGGAGCUCCAUAUGAAGCAAAUGAAUUUCAGUGACUAGUAUGAG